AUGAAGUCUGCAUUUGUGUUCCUGGCCUUCUUGGCUGUCUCGCAGGGAAUUCUCAGGAUUCCCCUGAAGAGAGGGAAGUCUGCCCGGCAACAGCUGGACGAGAGAGGCCUGUUCCAGGAGUACAGGAAGAAGUUUCCAUACAACCCGACAGCUAAGUUUCUUCCAAGGGUCGAGCAGACUGUGGUGCAAUUGACCUUUGACCCUGAUACUACAUACUAUGGAGAGAUUGGCAUCGGGACCCCUCCUCAGGUCUUUAAAGUCCUCUUUGACACCGGCUCCUCCGACUUAUGGGUUCCCUCCACAAGCUGCAACAGCUCCGCCUGUGGCAAUCAUGUAAUGUUCAGCAGCUCGGCAUCCUCCACUUUUGAGGCCGGCUCAAAUACUUUCCGCAUAUCGUACAUCAGCGGAUAUGCAUCAGGAACCACAGGAUAUGAUAUCGUAAAGGUAGGCGACCUCUACGUGGAGCACCAGAUCGUUGGCCUCGCUGACGAAGAGGCGAAUUUCCUUUACUAUGUUCCCUGGGAUGGGAUUCUUGGUCUGGCCUUCCCUGGCUUGUCACAAGAGGGAGGCACACCUAUUUUUUACAACAUGUGGAACCAGGGCAAAAUCCCCCAGAAUAUGUUCUCCAUGUACCUGAGCAGUUCUCUAGAGGGCAGUAUGCUUUUUCUGGGAGGAACAGAUCACAGCUAUUACUCUGGAAGCCUAAACUGGAUCCCCCUGUACGGAGCCACUAACUUUUGGAACAUCCAGAUACAAAGCAUCACCAUCAAUGGGAACACUGUGGCCUGCUCUGGAGGUUGUGAAGCAGUAGUGGACUCUGGGACUUCUUACAUCAUCGGCCCAAGCAAAGACAUUAACAACAUCAACGGCUGGCUGGGAGCCUCCACAGAUCAGUUUGGUGAAGCUUCUGUGAGCUGCAGGAACACGAAUAGCUUGCCAGAAAUUAUGUUCAACAUAAACGGCUACAACUUUGCUCUUCCUCCAUCAGCCUACGUAAUACAGUCUUCGUCCGGCUGCAGCACAGGGUUUGGAGCCGGCCCCUGGAUCCUGGGAGAGGUGUUCAUGCGGCAGUACUACACCGCCUUCGACAUCGGAAACAACAGGGUGGGCUUUGCUCAGUCUGUGUGAAAACACUGGGCCUCUUUGAAAUGAUAGUAGCUGUUUGUUAGAGGCUUCAGACAACUGCUGAUAUUUAGAAAGUAAUUGAUUUUAUGUUUAUAAUCACAAUUCACUAUUCUGCAAAUGAACAAAUUAUAUACUUAUGCUCAAGUAGAAGAUAAGAUAAGAGAUAAGAUAGUACUUUAUUGAUCCCAAUUUUUGGAAAUAUUCUGUUACAAGUACAAACUUCUGAAUUUGUGUUCGGUUCUGCACACUGUCGUAUAGGAUAUUAUAUAUUAUAACAAGUUAUAAUGAUUGAUGUAUGAAUAUGUUCAUUAUUGUUGCAGCUGGUAAAGGAGAAGCAUAUUUCACUUUAUUUACUAUACAUUUACCAAGUAGCUUGCAAAGUCGUGUAUUAACCUAUGAUAAUAUAUCAUAUUAUAUUUAGUACUAUUAAUCUGAAUUGUCAGAAUGACUAAGGCUAUCAAAUAAAUGUAAUGCAGUAAAGUAAGAACAGCACUUGAGUAAAUGUAGUUAGGCUACUGUCCACCACCACAAACUAUAGUGUAAAAGCAGUCAUAUUUGUGAAUGACACUAAUAAACAUAACCUUUCAGAUCUUAAA